CAGCUAUGUAACGUUUUUCGAUCCCAUGAAAUGGAAAUUGACCAGUGCCUGUUGGAGUCCCUUCCCCUGGGCCAACGGCAGCGUCUGGUGAAGCGCAUGCGUGGUGAGCAAAUCAGAGCCUACUAUGAACGUGAGAAGGCUCUUCAGAAGCAGGAAGGCUUCCUGAAGAGGCUGAGGCAUGGGAAGUGCCAGAAGGUUCACUUCAACCUUGCCGACAUGGUGCAGGAUGCAAUUGUCCACCACAACGACAAAGAAGUGCUCCGGCUCCUGAAGGAAGGGGCGGACCCGCACACUCUCCUGUCCUCGGGCGGAUCCUUACUCCACCUGUGUGCUCGGUAUGACAACGCCUUCAUUGCAGAGAUCCUCAUCGACAGAGGAGUCAACGUCAACCACCAGGAUGAAGACUUCUGGACACCAAUGCACAUAGCCUGUGCCUGCGACAACCCCGACGUGGUCCUGCUGCUGGUGUUAGCUGGAGCCAAUGUCCUUCUCCAGGAUGUCAACGGAAAUAUCCCAUUAGAUUACGCCGUAGAAGGGACAGAAUCCAGCUCUAUCUUACUGACCUAUCUGGACGAGAACGGGGUGGACCUGACCUCACUGCGCCAGAUGAAGCUGCAGAGGCCGCUGAGCAUGUUCACAGACGUCCAGCACUUCUUGUCGUCGGGAGGCAACGUCAACGAGCAGAACGAGGAGGGAGUAACCCUGCUGCACAUGGCCUGCGCCAGUGGCUACAAGGAGGUGGCUUCGCUGAUCCUGGAGCACGGCGGUGACCUCCACACAGUGGAUGACCAGCGCUGCACACCCCUCCACGUGGCUGCCAAGUUCGGCCAGACCAGCCUGGUGAAACUUCUCUUGAUGCAUCAGGCAAACCCAAACCUGGUGAACUGCAAUGAAGAGAAGCCCUCAGAUAUCGCGGCAUCUGAGUUUAUUGAGGAGAUGCUGCUGAAGGCGGAAGUGGCCUGGGAAGAAAAAACGAGGGACCCUUCACCUGUCCCUUGCUCGGCCCAGGAGGAGCCCUACGAGGAGAUCAUUCACGAGCUCCCGGCACUUCCCAACAAGCUCAGACCCCUGGUGCUACCAAUCGCCAAGCAAGACAGCUUGCUGGAAAAAGACACCAUGUUCAAAGAUGCAAGCAAAGGUCUGUGUGUGCCGCGAUCUCAGGACAGCACGCCUGAACACACGGCGCUCAGUGACUCCACCAAGCCCGAGCAGGUCAAGCUCAUGCCUCCUGCUCCAAACGAUGACCUGGCAACGCUCAGUGAGCUGACGGAUGGGAGCCUGCUCUAUGAGAUUCAGAAGCGCUUUGGGAACGAUCAGAUCUACACUUUCAUUGGGGACGUCCUGUUGCUUGUCAACCCUUUCAAGGAGCUUCCCAUUUAUUCUAACCUGGUCUCGCAGCUGUACCUGAGCGACACGGGGCGGCCGAGCCCCUCGCUGCCCCCGCACCUCUUCUCCUGCGCCGAGAGAGCCUUCCACCAGCUGUUCCAGGAGCAGCGGCCACAGUGCUUCAUCCUCAGUGGAGAAAGAGGGUCUGGAAAAUCGGAAGCCAGCAAACAAAUCGUGCGACACCUCACCUGCCGCUCCAGCGCCAGCCGGGCUCUGUUUGAAUCCAGGUUUAAGCAUGUCCUGUGCAUCUUGGAAGCCUUCGGACACGCAAAGACGACACUGAAUGACCUGUCCAGCUGCUUCAUCAAGUACCUGGAGCUGCAGUUCUGUGAGAGGAAGAAGCACGUCACGGCAGCCAGAAUGUCGACGUACAUGCUAGAGAGGUCCAGACUUGUGUCCCAACCCGUCGGCCAGAGCAACUUUCUCAUUUUCUACCUGCUGAUGGAUGGGUUAUCUGCUGAAGAGAAAUACGGACUUCACCUGCACCCUGUGGGUGCACACCGGUACUUGAAGCAGAACACGCGGGAGGAGGCGUCGGCGGCCGAGCACGCGCUGAACAGGGAGAAGCUGACUGUUUUGAAACAAGCUCUGAGCGUGGUUGGCUUCAGCACCCCGGAGGUGGAGAACCUGUUUGUGAUCCUGGCAGCUAUACUGCACCUGGGAGACAUCCGGUUCACGGCCCUCACGGAUGGCGACUCCGCUCUGGUCUCUGACCUCCAGCUGCUGGAGCAAGUGGCUGGGAUGUUACAAGUGUCAGCGGAUGAACUGGCGUCUGCCUUAACAACUGACGUUCAGUAUUUUAAAGGCGAUCUGAUCCUGCGGAGACACACCGUACCCAUGGCUGACUUCUACCGGGACCUCUUGGCCAAGUCCCUGUACAGUCGUCUGUUCAGCUUUCUGGUGAACACCAUGAACUGUUACCUCCAAAGCCAAGAGGAACCCAGAAGCACACAGAUACUGAGUAUUGGAAUUUUGGACAUCUUUGGUUUUGAAGAAUUUCAAAAGAAUGAUUUUGAGCAACUCUGUGUCAACAUGACCAAUGAGAAGAUGCACCAGUAUGUCACUGAAGUGCUUUUUCUACAUGAGCAAACAGAAUGUGUACAAGAUGGAGUUGCCAUGGAAACCGCAUAUUCCCCUGGUAACCAGACUGGAGUUCUGGAUUUUUUUUUCCAGAAGCCAUCUGGAUUUCUGUCUUUGUUGGACGAAGAGAGUCAAAUGAUUUGGUCGAUGGAGUCAAACCUGCCCAAAAGGCUGCAGAGCCUCCUAGACUCGGCCAACACGAACGCAGUGUACCCCCCCACGAAGGACGGGAACGGCAACGUUGCCCUCAAGGACCCCGGCACGGCGUUCACCGUCAUGCACUACGCAGGGAGGGUAAUGUAUGAAAUUGUUGGAGCGAUUGAAAAAAAUAAAGACUCCCUUUCACAGAAUCUUCUGUUUGUGAUGAAAGCUAGUGAAAAUGUCGUCAUCAAUCAUUUGUUCCAGUCGAAACUGUCGCAGACGGGAUCGCUCGUCCCUUCCUAUCCCUGCUUUAAAUUCCGGGGACAUAAAUCCGCCCUGCUCAACAAGAAAAUGACAGCGUCUUCCGUUAUUGGAGAAAACAGGAAUUAUCUUGAACUCAGUAAGUUAUUAAAGAAGAGAGGGACGUGUGCAGUUCUUCACAGGCUGGGAAGAGGCGACCCCACCACGGCAGCGUCACAGCUCAGGAAAUCGCUGGCGGACAUCAUUGGAAAACUGCAGAAGUGCACCCCACACUUCGUUCACUGCAUCAAGCCCAAUACCUCAAGGCUGCCAGACACCUUUGAUAACUUCUACGUGUCUGCCCAGCUACAGUACAUUGGGGUCCUGGAGGUGGUGAAGAUUUUCCGAUGCGGAUACCCUGCCCGUCUCUCUUUCUCAGAUUUCCUGUCGAGGUACAAGCCGCUGGCCGACGUUCUCCUGGGCGAGGAGGAAGAGCUGUCUGCGGAGGGCAGGUGCCGAUGCAUUCUCCAGCAGUGUAGGCUGCAAGGCUGGCAGAUGGGGAUCCACAAAGUGUUUCUAAAGCGCUGGCAUGCAGACCAGCUCAGCGACCUGUGCCUGCAGCUGCAGAGGAAGAUCAUAACCUGCCAGAAAGUUGUACGAGGAUUUCUCGCACGCCAGCACGUGCUUCAGAAGAUGUGCACACAGCAGCGAGAGCAGACGUCCAUCAAAAACUUCCUGCAGAACACAGAGGACAUGGCGCUGAGAACCUACGAUGCCCUGGUCAUCCAGAAUGCCUCCGACAUCGCCCGGGAGAACGACCGGCUCCGGAGGGAAAUGAACGGCCCCCUCCAUAGAGAGAAGGCGGAGGCCAGGAGCAGGCCCGAGGAAGGGAUCCAGAGGCCCGAAGACAAGGCCGGGCCCCGGCGCGCCCAGGCCGCGGCGUCCGUGCGGUCCCUGUCGCUCCACUCCGUGUCCAGUGCGGAAGACAGCAGCGGCCUCCCGUCGCCCCGGAAGCAGCCUCCGCCCAAGCCCAAGCGGGACCCCAGCACGCGGCUGAGCGCCUCCUACGAGGCGGUGAGCGCCUGCCUGGCGGCGGCGCGGGACGCAGCCCAGGCUCUGUCCCGGCCGCGGCCGCACAGCGACGACUACAGCACCAUGAAGAAGAUCCCUCCUCGGAAGCCCAAGAGGAGCCCGCACACGAAGCUCAGCGGCUCCUACGAGGAGAUCUGGGGCCCCAAGCCCGGGGACGCGCGGCCCCCGGCGGCGGCGGCGGCGGCCGAGGACGCGGACGCCGAACCCGUGUACAUCGAGAUGGUGGGCGCGGCGGCGCGGCCCGGCCCGGGGCCCGGCAGCCCCGAGCAGGCCGAGGCCGUGUACGAGGAGAUGACGUUCGCGCCGGCGCCCGCGGGGCCCGACAUCCCGCCGCCCUUCCCCAACCUGCUGCCGCACCGGCCGCCGCUGCUCGUCUUCCCGCCCGCGCCCGCCACCUGCUCGCCCGCCUCGGACGAGUCGCCGCUGACGCCGCUCGAGGUCAAGAAGCUGCCGGUGCUGGAAACCAGCCUCAAGUACCCGGUGCAGCCCGAGGGCUCCAGCCCGCUGUCCCCGCAGAGUUCCAGGCACCCGAAGGCGGACGCCGAGGGGCCCGCAUCGCCCGGCCUGGCUGCGCUGGACGGCGCGGGCCGCGGCUCCCCGCCGCCGCCGCCGCCGCCCGCUGCCCCUCGGCCGGCCACGCACUUCGCGUUCCCGCAGGACGCCGCCUCGGCCCCCCACGCGAGCAGGGCGGCGGCCCCCGCGGAGCCGUGCAGAGGGCCUCCGAAGCCGAACUCUGCCCCGGCCGCGGGCCCGUGCAGCACCUUCGCCAAGGCCCCUUGCUCGCCGGGGCGGGCAGCGCGAGGCGACCCCCGCAGGGGCAGCUCCAGCGCCUCGUCCCCCGGCCCCUACAGCCCCCUGGACGAGCUGGCCAGCCUCUUCAGUUCCGGCCGCAGCGUGCUGCGCAGGUCCGCCGCGGGCCGCAAGAUCAGGCAGGAGGCAGGUUUUGAAACAAACAUGAACCUGACUACCCGGGAUGAUCUCUCUACAUCAGAACUUGCUUCGGAGACUCAAGACAGAAAUGCAAAUAACCAUGGAACUCAGUUAUCCAACGCCCUGUCUAGUGCCAUCUCUGCUGAAAAUGGAAAUUCAGUCUCAAACGGUUUAUCCGAAGACGACGGGUUCUCCAGGUUGUCUGUGAGCAGCACAGCGAUCCCCUCAUUUCAGAGGCACCGGGAGAGUCACACCACGCAGGUCAUCCACCAGCUGCGGCUCUCGGAGAACGAGAGCGUGGCCCUGCAGGAGCUGCUGGACUGGAGGCGGAAGCUCUGUGAGGAAGCGGAGGAGUGGCAGCAGAUCCUGCACCCCGCCGAGCCCAGGGCGCCUCCCCCGCCGCCCUGCAAGAAGCCCACCCUUGUGAAGAAGCCAGAAGGGGGCCCCUGCCACAGGCUGCCCUCCGAGCUCUGGGACAGCACCAUCUGACGUGGCCGCACCGCCACGCACAGAGCCCCACGGCCCAGCCACGCCGCACCGCGACGCCAGACGGUGCUCUCGUGCACACCGGGGCUGCCUCCAGCCAUUUCCACAACAAAGCACAGGACCCUGGCGCUGAACACAUGAGGUUUCCCGUGUGUGUGUGCAUGUGUGUAUGUGCACGUGAGAGCGUGUGUGCAUCCAUCUGUGUGUGUGCACACAUGAGAGCGUGUGUGAGUCCAUCCGUGUGUGUGCACUCGUGAAACUGUGUGAGUCCAUCCGUGUGUGUGCAUGUGUGUGCACAUGAGAGCGUGUGUACAUCAUCCGUGUGUGUGCACAUGAGAGCGUGUGUACAUCCAUCCAUGUGUGUGUGCACACUCGAGAGCAUGUGUGAGUCCAUCCGUGUGUGUGCAUGUGUGUGCACAUGAGAGCGUGUGUACAUCCAACCAUGUGUGUGUGCACAUGAGAGCAUGUGUGAGUCCAUCCGUGUGUGUGUGUGUGUGGUGUUUCCUACCCGUUUUGUGGUGAUGCACUCUGAGUUUUAGGUUCCACGUCUUCAGGCCAUGCCACCCAUCGGUGGCAAGAGAGACGCUGGGAACAGAGUGUUUGAGGAGCGAGAAGGGAAGACAGAGGUGGGCAUGGAGCGACCCACGCGCACGCCCUGUGCAUUUUUACAGAAAUCAGCAACAAUGGCCGCGUAUGUCCGAGGGUUUUAAUACAGUCCAGAACGUGGACAAACAUUUUACUUCUGUGUAGGCAUUUGUGUCUCCUGACCACUCUUGAUGUGUUUAUUACUGUAUUUUAUAACUUUAUGCAAUUGGUGGUGCUCCUUGCCUCGAAAUAUAGAUUUUAAAACAUCCUUUCUAGAUCUUU